CUCUCUUUAAAAAUGGGAGGUUGAAGGAAAGAGAGUGCUGUCUGCUGAGCAAGCGGGCGUUCCAUUUUGGUAUGGGGGACGUGGUAAUCCCGCCAGCGCUGAGCGGAGAUUUUGUAGAGUUCCAAGCAUGGGGCCAAUCAGGCGAAGCCAAACAUUUGCUUUUUGUGAGGGGGCACUGUCUCUGUUGGCGGCAGGGUGCGUUGUCGAUUCGGUUUGCAACUCACUCAACUUGGUACUCAGCUUCAAACAGGUCUACUUAAUAAAAUAUGGCUAGUUUUGCUAAAGAUGAUGUACCUAUGCUUUCAGACACAAAUGGGCAUUCAUUGGAUGAUAAUGCCGAUUCUCAAUUGCGGAGAUAUAGGACAAGGAGUGCAUCAAUUUCAAUUCCUAUGAACUCAGUGGAGUCUUAUGAAAGUGAAACUAAUCUUGUGGCCCAUACGGGUCCACUAAGGAGUGAAAGAAGAACUCCAUUCAUACAGAUGAGUGGCCCAUUGUAUGUUAGCCGCAAACCUGAAACCCUUUUUUUGCCAAAUCAAGGUGUAACAAGACACAAAACAGCAGAACCUUUGGCUGGAAUGUUUCCUCCCUUAGAAGGAAAGGAUCAAGAUGAUUGGCAGUUUGACAACUAUGCUGGAAAAAAUGAACAUUUACUGAGGUCUGGGCAGUUGGGAAUGUGCAACGAUCCUUAUUGCACAACUUGCCCAACACAUCACAAUUUCUUAGCAGCUCAACGAAAGAAUACAAGGCCAUCAUUGGUAUUUGAUCCUAAGUUCCAUAAUGCUCUCUAUGGGGAUGCUAAAGGAUGGGCUAGGAGAUUUCUUUCUUUUCUCCAACAAUAUAUUCCUGGUGUCAUGAACCCUCAUACUAAAGUCGUGCAACAAUGGAACAAAUUUUUUGUCAUUUCCUGUUUGGUGGCAAUUUUUGUGGACCCAUUAUUUUUCUUCUUGCUGUCCACACUUAAGGAUAAAAAGUGUAUAGUUAUUGACUGGCCCAUGACCACAACAAUGGUGGUUUUCAGAAGUUUGACUGAUCUCAUAUACUUCUUCCACAUGCUUCUUCAGUUUAGGUUGGCUUAUGUGGCCCCUGAGUCAAGAGUAGUUGGUGCUGGAGAGUUAGUUGACCAUCCAAAAAAAAUUGCUCUCCAUUAUAUUCGUGGAUUCUUUUUCAUUGACUUAUUUGUCGUAUUACCUCUUCCUCAAAUCAUAAUACUGUUAGUUCUACCAAAAUCGUUGGGGUCAUCAGGAGCAAAUUAUGCUAAGAAUCUUUUACGGGCAGCUAUUCUUGUUCAAUACAUUCCCAGGUUGUACAGGUUUCUACCUCUACUUGCUGGGCAGUCUCCAAGUGGCUUGGUGUUUGAGUCAGCGUGGGCAAAUUUUGUUAUAAAUCUUCUCACUUUCAUGUUGUCUGGCCAUGUUGUUGGGUCAUGCUGGUACCUCUUUGGGUUGCAGAGGGUUAAUCAAUGUUUUCGAGAUGCCUGCCAAAACUCUAUAGUUCCAAAAUGCAUGAGAUUCAUUGACUGUGGGCAUGGGAAUGAGUUUGGAGAUUUUGUUUCCGAUCCAGCAUGGGAUAGCUGGACAAGCAAUGAGAAUGCUAGUGGUUGUUUUACUUCAGAUGCUUUUUCUUAUGGAAUAUAUGGGCAAGCUGUCAAUCUUACUACGGAACAAAGCAUCAUAACCAGAUAUAUAUUUUCAUUAUUUUGGGGAUUCCAGCAAAUUAGUACGCUGGCUGGAAAUCAAACUCCUAGCUACUUUGUUUGGGAAGUCCUUUUUACCAUGGCCAUCAUUGGACUGGGCCUCUUACUCUUUGCUCUCCUCAUUGGAAAUAUGCAAAACUUUCUUCAGGCUCUUGGACGGAGGAGGUUGGAAAUGUCUCUAAGACGUCGUGAUGUGGAGCAGUGGAUGAGCCAUCGACGCUUGCCAGAAGAACUACGAAGGCAAGUACGACAAGCUGAAAGAUAUAAUUGGGCAGCCACCAGAGGAGUAAAUGAAGAAAUUCUUUUGGAGAAUUUGCCGGAGGACCUUCAGAGAGAUAUAAGACGACAUCUCUUCAAAUUUGUGAAGAAGGUUCGGAUUUUUUCCAUGAUGGACGAUCCUGUUUUAGAUGCCAUUUGCGAGAGGUUAAGACAAAAGAUUUACAUUAAAGGAAGCAAAAUUUUGUACGAAGGUGGUUUGGUUGAGAAGAUGGUAUUCAUCGUACGUGGAAAAACAGAGAGCGUAGGAUAUGACGGGAUUGUAGUUCCAUUAUGUGAAGGGGAUGUUUGUGGUGAGGAGCUUCUCACAUGGUGUCUCGAGCAGUCUUCGGUAAAUAAAGAUGGGAAAAAAAUAAGGAUUCCUGGACAGAGAUUGCAUAGCAACAGGAUGGUAAGGUGCUUAACAAAUGUGGAAGCAUUUUCACUCAAAGCUGCUGACCUUGAGGAAGUCACCAGUCUUUUUGCAAGAUUCUUGCGGAAUCAACAUGUUCAAGGAGCCAUAAGGUAUGAAUCACCCUACUGGAGAUCCCUUGCUGCCACUCGCAUUCAGGUAGCAUGGAGAUACAGGAAGAAACGUCUAAGUCGUGCAAAUACUGCGUGCUAAUCAUAUGUCAAGAUAGUUGAUCGACUAUGGUAUGUUUUGCAUUGCACAUUUGGGUAGUUCCAUGUCGAUUAUGCACACCAUAUGAAGCUACAAGUUCGAAUUUUUGUUAUGGAGUAGUCUUGUAACCGGAUGCCCAAACGCCUGGUAGUUGUAGUAGGGCUUGGAAAGUAUGUACUCCACUCCUUAAGGUACUUCCAUAACAUCAAUGAGAUAUAUACCAUAGUUGUCAAA